ACCAGAAGAAAAUUCUUACAAAAAAAAGAAAAAUUGGUACAAGACUCUAGCAAGCUGUUGAAUAGAAAGAAGUUCGAAAUAUACUAGAGGAAAAAAAAAUCGCAUAGAUGAGGUAAAUCUCAGCUUCGCUCGUCGGGCUGCGGCCGUCUCCGGUCACUCCCGCAGUUGUAGAGGAAAAAUGGCAGUUCCGAUGAAUUUUUGCCGCAGCACGCUUGCAGGCGUACUCAUUGCUGCAUGUACUGCCUCCACUAGUACAGUAUCGACAGUUGCAGCAGUUGUGGUCGAUCCGACCUAUUUCCGCGAUGCAAAUCGUGUUCGAGCUGAGCUGCGUAUGUUUGCAACCUCGUCAGACGUUUCCGAAGAUACGUUGAAAACCGAGGAAGAUCUUCAUGGAGGAUCUUCAAAUGAGAAAUCUUCAAGCAAGCUGCAUCAUCAGAAUGGCGGAUCCAGCACAGACCUUAUGGAUCCCAAGCCGCUACAUCAGAAUGGCGAAUCCAGCAAAGAGCCUAUGAUGGAUCACGCCGAACCCGAACAACCUAUGAACCAUAUGGCCAUGCUCCACCAGCAGCAUGAACUUCAACUGCGCAGAGAAGCAGAGGCCGCUCAUAUGAUGCUGAACACGGCAACCUGUGAGAAAUUUGCUUCUGCGGUGGAGGCACUACAAUGCUCUCUCGCUAUGGAAGUGAGCGGAUUCCCGGAAGGUAGUGCUAAUGUAAUUUGCAGUAAAAUAUUGAAUAAGUAGACGAAAUGAAUUAUGGCUAUGAAUAGACCUCUCAGGAGGUGGUAUCGCGGAAAAAGAGAAGUUAAAAUGACAACUUAUAAAACUAGUCGAUGGAGUCGUUUUUUGAAUUUAUGAUAGCCGGCUAGUUCCCCUCGCCUGUUCGGAUACUGUUGUAGUCCCACCCUAUUGACAACAAAUGAUAGUUUGUCUUCUAACAUUUUCUCGCACUCAGGCUGUGAGUGCCAGUUCGAUAAGGCAGAGUGCCCGGCUUUUACUGACGCAGGGGAGCCUUUUGACACAUUUUUCACUGCGCAAACGGCAGACGCGGCUCACCUUGGCGUGCGCCUCUGUAUGUACUGGAAGACCACGCCGCCUGAGGAUCUCGCACCUGCGUCUGAGGCCCGUGCAGCGGCGAAGAAAGCAUUGACUUUGCGUAAUGCGCAACACAUCUUAGACCUCGCUGGCGGUUAUGCACGAAAAGAUGCGCACGCUGUGCACAGUGGAUGGCUCACGAGAUGAACAGCCUUGUUGGAUCUUCCUCUUGGUAUAGAUGGUAAUAAAAUUGCUUCACAGAGGACUGCACAGAUAAAGCAAUGAAGUCUUGUUUUUUCCGACGCCUUCACCGAGGAACGUACUUAUUCAGAAAAUGACCUUCGCAAAGAACAUACUGAUGUCGAAGUGUUCAGGACUUAAUCUCCGC